AUGAAUAUAUCAUCGGGAACUUUUCAUUUAUCAUCUUCUACACCGAUUACAAAGUUUUACAGAGAUAAAUCUGUUAAAGAGGUUCGUGAGAAUACAUCACAUAUUACUGCACAUUUAACCAGUAUUAAAAGAUGGUUAUAUUCAAUGCCACAUCUUUCUUGUGCAGAUGAUGAUCGAAUAUUUUUGGCAUUUCUACGUCAAGCAAAAUAUAAUCAUUCAGAAGCUCAAAUGCGUUUAGAUAAUUUUAUUACAUUGCGUACAUCACCAGAAAGUCCUGUAGUUAGUUGGUAUGAUCGUUCAACUAUAACUAUUGCAACACUUGAUGAAUAUUUAAAAAUGGGCUUUCAUUGUCCAAUUGGAUUUCUUCAUGAUGGGACAUUUUUAUUUAUGGUUCGAAUUGGUUGUUGGAACAAUAAUCAUGUACCUACCGAAACUGUGCUCAAAUUACUGAUGGCGCAGUUAGAUCGUAUAUUGGAAGAUCCGAGAGUUCAAAUUUGUGGUUUACGAGUAUUUAUUGAUUUUACCGGUGUCUCACCCUCUCUAUUGGAUACAGUUAAUCCGAAAAAGACUAUUAGAGAUUUAAGUAAGCUAUUACAGGAAGCUUAUCCAUUUCGUAUGAAAGGAAUAGUCUAUUAUAAUGAACCGCAAAUAAUGGAAGUCUUGUUCAAAUUACUAUCAUUGUGGCUGAAACCAAAAGUUAGAGAACGGUUUAUAAGAGUAAAAAGUAAUAUAAAGAAAGCCUAUGAAAAAGUACCUGGUCUUGAAAAUGUACUGCCUAGAGAAUAUGGUGGUCAGAAUAGAAGUAUCAAAGAUAUUUUAAAAGAACAAAACGCUGAUUUUAAAGAAUACUUUUUAAAAAAUGAAAUAUUAUGGAGAGGUAUGGCAGUUAAUGAAAGAAAACGACCAGAAUCAUCGAAACAAUUAUUAAAUGAAUAUAAAGAAGCUGAUGAGAAAUCAAUGGGUACAACUGGAACAUUUAUUCGUUUACCUGUGAAUGAUUGA